UGCUACUAUCACCCUCCUUAACACAGCCUCUUCCAGCUCCAUCACUUCUAUUCAACCACUUUCCCACUGUUGCAGGAAGGAAGGAGGAGAGCUUUUGCAGGGAAACAACCUGGACAUGUCCUUCGAGGUGAAAGAGAAGACAGAGGUGCGUUUGGUGUUUCUGGGGGCAGGUGGAGUGGGGAAAACAGCCCUCAUCCAACGCUUCCUUAAAGACUCUUUUGAGCCAAAGCACCGGCGCACAGUGGAGGAGCUCCACAGGAUGGAGUAUGAGGUCGGGGGGGUCAAAGUCAUCAUCAACAUCAUGGACACCAGUGGCAGCUACUCUUUCCCUGCUAUGCGUAAGCUCUGCAUCCAGAACAGUGAUGCUUUUGCACUCGUCUACGCUGUAGAUGACCCUGACUCUCUGGAGGCUGUCAAGAGUCUGCGAGAAGAGAUCCUGGAGGUCAAAGAGGACAAGUACACACCAAUCGUUGUAAUAGGCAACAAAAUAGACCGCCACAACGAGCGCCGGGUGUCCAAUGAGGACAUUCUAUCCACAGUGGACAUGGACUGGAACCACAUCUUCGUGGAGUCCUCGGCCAAAGACAACAUCAAUGUGCUGGAGGCUUUCAGAGAGCUGCUGCAGCAGGCCAACUUGCCCUGUCGGCUCAGUCCAGCGCUGUGCAACAGACGGGAAACUUUCCCCAAGGAGAGCAACAAAAGACCCCCCAUGAACAAGACCAACAGCUGCCUCAUUUCAUAGGGAGCUGCUCAAAGGGCAAAAAGAGACUGAGAGAGAAAACUAUACUCGGUAUUGCUGCUGAUGAGAAUGAAACAUGAUGUAAACAAACUAAGAAACUUUGUUAAAUAAUGAAUAUAUAAGAAAACAAAAUCAUUUUUUCAUCCCCACAGCAGCUUAUUAAUGCUACCACGAGGACAAAGGUAACUUAAAAACAAAUACAACCUUAAAGACAGGGAGGAAUGUGGUCUGUGAAUGUUAAAAACACUGGCAGUAAAGAGCUUGGUUUUCAUUCAGAUAAACCUAUUGUGUCCUUUUGAUGUUCUGUAUCUGUGAAUUAACAAAAAACAAAGUGUUUCUUGUAUCUACAUGUGAUGGUUUUGCAACUCAAGUGAGCAUCUGAAAAAGAACCUCCGACCACUUUUCUAUUUUCUGAUCACCCAUCGUGUUGUAAUAAUGUGUGCAGCCUUACAGCUCUUAAAUGCUGGUUUGCAAAACCCAGUGAAGCAUAGAUAAUACCUAGCUCUGACAUGUUUGAGGUUCUUAGUUUGUGCUUAUUUCAAGAUGAAUAAUA